AUGGCGGAACUAUCAUUUACAAAAGCCUUCCUGGCACAUCUCGACUCGAAACCCAUCAAGUUCCCCGCAGACCACGCCUUUGACCCACGGGAGUUCCAACCACGCCAGCCUUUUACCCUUCCUCGCCUCUCCGAUCCUCCGCAUCCGCCGCUCCCCAAAAAGAUUAAGCCAGCCGCCAUACCUGGCUCUUCCAAGUCUAUAACGAUCCACCUCAAAUCCGCUCGCAACCCCGUUCUCGAUAUUACUCUCGACAACAUCCCCCUAUCUAACGCAACAAUUCAAGACCUCAAAGAAGCCGUUCAAAACCGAACUAAACCCACAAACGCAGAAAACGAUAGCGAGAAUGUUCCCCUGGAUAAGAUCAAGAUUUUAUGGAAACGUAGACCGGUGCAGGGUAAAUUAGUUACAGAUGCUCUAGCGAAUGAUCCGGACGCUCUUGUCGGCGGGAAAGAAGUGGAGUUCGGCAUUAUGAUCCUGGGAGGUGCAGCGAUGAUACCUCCGAAAGAAUCGUCUGCUCCGACGACAGAGGGCAAAGCGGAAGAGCCGGUAGCACAAGAGGCCGUGCGGGUGGCAGAAGCCGCGCAGUCUCUUCCUGGAGAUAGUGCAGGUAUACUGAAAUCAGUGUCCUUCUGGGAUGACCUAGAGGGUUUUUUGAAGAUGAGACUUAAAGAUGAGAGCGAGGCAGCGCGAUUAAGAUCAUUGUUCAAGAAGACAUGGGAAUCGAGCGUAUGA